CCUGAAACCAAUAAUGGCCGGAGCGCAGUUUGAGUACGAUGAAAAAGGCACAACUUUCUAUUAUUUUCUUAUAUCUUUCUAUGGUAUAGUUCUUGUUCCUGUAACCUAUUAUGUCUGGAAUGUAACAAAAUUGCCAGGUGAGUUAAACCUCUCUCCAGUCGUACACAAAACAACAAUAAGUUCUUUUCGUCGUGAAAGUCAGCUGAGCGACUUCUCGGUUUUUUAGUAUGAUUUUUUGUCAAAUCACUUUUCAGAUGAUAAGAAAAGAGCGGUUAAAAUCUGUAGAUGUCCACCGUGCGUAGAGAAACGAGCGAUAUUGAGGAAAAAAGAGCCAAGAUCAAAGAGUAUUCGCUAUUUGAGGUGAGCUAACUUUUAUUGACCAGCCGUUAAUUGAUAUCUGUGAAGAAUGACGUGUAAUUUUGUACGCUUACAAUUUUAAUGUUUUUAAACUUGCUGACUAAAUUUUAGGGUUUCAGCUUAAACUUAACCAUAAUAGUGAGUUUUAUUUAAGUGAUAUAUACUAGUACCUACCCAUGUGCUCGAUAUGUUUGACCAUGUGGCUAGCUAAGUCAUUUUCUAUAUUAUAGCUUGUAUCUUGUUGAUUCUCAGAUUCAUUUUAGUAAAAAGUUUGGGAUCCCACUUUUAAGCUCUAACGAAACUUUUCAAUAGUUGAAAUGACGGGUAAUUUAUAAAGUAUACUAGCUCUUAAACAUUUUGUUAUUUUAAACAGCUGCAGGCACAAUCACAACUAUUAAAUAUGACAAAUAACAAAUCACUGUACAGUUGCAACAAUAUUUCAGGCUACAUGAUAAUCAACUCGAAAUAGACCUUUUUACCGAUAUGGUGGCCACAUUAAAUUUAUUAGAUUUAAGGAGUAUUAUGGGAUGCCUGGGGGGCACUCGGUCAGUAUUUAUGCACCCACAAUCCCUGUGCUGUGCUGUGUUUUAAAUGGUCUAGCACUGAUACAUGUACUUUUAUUCAGGCCACUGUUUUCUAAUUUUGAUACUAAAAUUCUUUUUCAUUCAAGAACCUGUUCAAUUUUUUAAGGCUGAAUUGAACUUAAUUCCAGUUAACAGUCUUAUUUGUAUGGUACCUUAUUCAUUAAACUCCAGGCUGAAGGUUCUUAAUCCACUUGUUCUUCUUUGGAAAUGUUUACAACAGUAGUGCAAAUGUUGUUAUGAUGCCUUUUUGUUCAGUCUUUCAGUAUUAGCUGUCCUUUGGGUUUUGUUUUUUGUUGGAGUGUACAAAAUAUCCCAGUUUGAAAAAGACUUCACUGAGUAUGAUCCUUAUGCUGUAUUAGAGUUAGAUCGGGUAAGUGACCUCUCUUUUUAGAGUUCUGCCUUUAUGCCCAGCAAUAAAAUGUAGUAGUAUAGUUGUAUACAACCACCUAGCCUGGUUUUCAUACAGUCUAGGUUUCUGGUGGUUACUCAGAGUGAGUAACUGUGGUUGACCCGGAUUGUCUGAAUUAGUCAGGCUAACUAUCACCUGGUUAGUUUAAUCUGUUGGGUUCCAGAGUCUGUGGAGCAGUAAGCUAGGGCUUGAUCCCGUGUUGUAGUCAGCGCCGUAGCUAGUAUGAGGCCAACCGAGGCACUCGCCUCGGUAAAAUUUUGACGAAUUUCGCCGAUCAUUUUUAUUUUACAUAAGCGAUCAUUGGAUAUUUUUAACGCAUCAUGAUAUUACAAAGAAUUCAGCAAUUCAGUCAAUAUACUAUGAAAAAAUUACCAUAUCAUCGAUCUCAAGGGGCUACAUACGUUAACUCAAAUUUUUUUUGAACAAAUACUGAUCAAAACCAUUGGCGAGGUUAACGGUCACCCAGAUUAUGUAGCUUGUUUCUGAUUAUUGCUUUUUAAAUUCCACUUAGAUUAACUCGAAAAAAAGUUACCGAAAGGCCCAGAAAACGCUGCAAAUCGCAUUUCCGAGAGACUAAAGUUCAAAAUUUCUCGGGGGAAUGCCCCAACCCCCCCUAGCAACUCCCGCCUGCCUCGGUUGGCUGUUUGGUCUGGCUACGGCACUGGACUAUUGACCAGGUCCCAGUUGUUCAAACCAUGGAUAGUGCUACCCACUGGAUAAAUCACUAUCCAGCAAAUACACGUAAGUAUUAGGAAACUAAUUGUGUUAUCAUUUGGAUAGAGAUUUAUCCAGCUGAUAGCUUUAUCUAAGGUUUGAAAAACUGGAGUCAGCAUCUGCGAAACAACUGAGUAGACAGUGCUGCCUUUGCUAUAGUUCAAAUUAUGUUCACUUUAGGGGCAUUCAUAAUUCAGUCAUAAAAUAGUUAUGCUAACUAAAUUUGUCAAGAAUAAUAUGAUGUGAAGUACAUAAUGUACAUUUUUGUCCUGGUGUAAAUUUAAUCAUUCUUUUUUUGUUUUUAUCUUAAAUUAGAAUUGAUGUUUCUAUAAAUUUAUAAGCUUUCAAACAACACGUAUAGUAAAGCUGCCGUCUUUCUUCUUUUAUGAUGAUAUUGAUGUUCAUGUUAAUUUUUGUAGGGCGCAACUACAGCUGACAUUCGUCGUCAGUAUCGCCGACUAAGUAUGAAGUACCAUCCAGAUAAGGAAACUGGUGAUCCGCAAAAAUUUAUGAGAAUAGCCAAAGCUUACGAGGCGUGAGUACCCUAAUUUCGCUCUUAUUUUAUCCAACCACUGUUAUAUCUAAAAUGUCCCACCUUUCAUUGACUAAGAGGUGUUUAUUAAAAAUUUUGGAACAUAGACAGGACUUACUAACAGGGUGAGGUAAAAUCAAUGAUACAGUGAAACCUUGAUAUAAUGAACUUCUAUAUAAUGAAGUCCUUGGUAUAGUGAGUGAUUUUCUUUGCCCCAGUAAUAGUAAAACCUAUGGAAAAGAGCCUUGAUAUAACGAAACCUGUUUGUGGCGAACAAAUUUUGCCAGUCCCUUUGCCCUUCGUUAUAUCGAGGUUCCAUUAUAUGCCCUAUAUUUACCAGCUCAGAGUGGUCAUGCAUGGCACCCCCAAGAAGCCUGUCGCUAGUUUGUAUUGAAAUGAGUUUGAUUUAUCAUGAUGUUUUGAAGCUUAUAACUAAAAACCAAUAAAAGCAAAAUGCAUUUUGAUCAGCGCUGCUAUACAUCUAGCUUGUUUAUGAAGUGUUUUUUUUCUGGUUUUAAUUAGCUCACUUGGAUAUGAACCCCUUUGUUUAUAAGGCCUCCUAAAACCCAUUACAAAUAUGUACAGCUAUAAGCCCAGGGCUUCUACGCAGCACAUUACAGAAACGCGCCCAUUCAAAAACGUCGAUCGUGAAAAUGCAAAUAAGUGAAAAAUGACGUUAAUUUAGUGUCAAUCAAGAAAUCCCCUGGGUAUAUCCCUUUCCUGGUUAUUGUUCCUGUUCAGACAUCCGCAACAAUUGCGUAUUCUUCGAUGAAGAAUAGAACUUUACGUGGCUAACAAUAGCUCAGUCUGUUUAAAAACUGUCUAAAUUUACUCCGAAUUAGCAUGUGACUUUUUGCUGUUAAACGCUUCAAAAUUGAAAAAUCCUCGAUGAUUGUUGUUGAUUUUGCCGUAAAUGCACUGACUUAAAAUGAAUUUUUACCUUUUACAAACUUCUUGGUGUUCGAAUCGAUGAAUGAAAUAUGAGCGGAACCGAUGCGUUAAUAGUUUGUUAACAUUUUGUCACGGGUUUUGGAUAAUAUUAUAAACCUUAAAAUUUACGGGCAAAUUCGACGAAAAAGCACUCUCACUUACAUUCUUCAUUUAAGACAUUGAUUUUAGCAUAGUAUAAGGCAAAAUUAAGAGCGAUACUUUCUUUAAGAACACUAUAACUACAUAUUUAACGUCCAAACCUAAACAGCGAUCUAAUCCGUCUCUUGAAAACAACUACAAUACCGCUUCUGAUAAUAAUAUUUAUAAACGCUGCAAACAUUUUUAUUCAAUCUUAUCGAGCGAUUUUCGUGAAGAUGAGUUUUUAAGUGAAGAAUACUUUGGUUUCUGAUUAGCUUUAACUGUUUUGCCAUCAAAACGAUUCGCACGAGACUACCGAAUUUGCGAGGGUUUUAUGUUAGUGCACGAGGAAGAAAAAUGCUUCUCUUUGCAUAAACUUGAAGCACUGACAAAGACAUUCCAACACUUAAGACAAUGGCAACCUUCUUCUAUUGUUUCUGCAUUGUCUCUUGAAAGUGUGAGAAUAGUUAACCGCUAUGAAGUUCAUAAGAGACCGAAAACGACGGUAGUCUUUCAAACUUCGUUUUUGCUCGCAAAGCCUAAUGGGUACCCCACUUUUCACGGGCGACGUUUUUCAAUGGGCGCGUUUCUGUAAUGAGUUUACGGGACAUGUGUGUGACCUUAACAAUUAUGGGCUUCCUCUUAAGAUGCAUUGUAGUUGCAUGAACCUCACCUGAAUUAACGCCCUGCAUUUGGUUUCUCAAAAAUCUUCCAGCAAAUUUAAGUCAGGCGUCAAUCUGUUUUUCAGUGCUUUUUUAUUCAGCUGCAAAAGUGUUGACAUAGAUCAGUAAUCAUUGUUAGUAAGCAACAUGUAAACUGUAUUUCCCUCUCAGCUUAACAAAUGAAGAAUCAAGGAAAAACUGGGAAGAACAUGGAAACCCUGAUGGUCCAGGAGGUAGGACUGCUAAACUGAACUGUCAAACUGUGUUGCCUUUCAUUGCUCCCAAGAAUGAUUAAGAUAAAAAUUAAUUCACCAAAUUGAAUAUAACUGCAGUAAUAGUGGUUGGCACAAAUGUCUUGUAAAUGAGAAGAGAAAAGUACAUUCCACAGAUUUAAAAAAAAAAAUCAUUAUUAAUACGUAGAUAUGGUAAUUUAACCAUGGCCAAGUUGUUUUAAGGAUGAUGAGUGCAAAUCAAGGGUUAGUUAUCAUGAUGUCCUAUAAUUAUGCUCCUGUUGCCAUUAACCUCUAUUACCUCUUGUCAUUGAACAACUUGGCCCAGAUCAUUAGGUUUGAGGUACAAACUCUCACCCCCUUGUACUUUAAGGUAACUAGUUUUCUCCUAUUGCCAUUAUAAUUUCAGCAACCAGCUUUGGAAUUGCUCUCCCUUCCUGGCUAGUAAGCAAGGAGAACUCAAUGUGGGUGCGUAACAUCAUUCUGUUUUAACUGUUAAUAAGCUACACUUUAUUUAAACCUGCUUAUCAUAUGGCUGAAUCCACCAACAGGCAAGCUGCAGCGAAUCUUGCAUUCUGAUUGGUUAUGAUGGGCUCAUUGUUGGCCCAAGUUAUUGACCAUGCUUGUUUGAUCAAGAUGGCUGAAUACUGGCCUCCUUCUUUUUUGUGUUUUUGUUGACCUCGACUUCGUCCCUGUCAAUAAAAAUGUAAAAAAAAAAAAGAAUUUGGCCGAUAUACAGCCAUCUUGACCUCAAGCUUGGUCAUUAAUGCAUAUUUAUUGGUUAUUGUCACCAUGUUGUGGAUCAACUCAUAUAUGUAGUGGCUUGUGGAUUUUCAUCAUUAAGAGGAUCAGACAUCAGAACUUGGUUAAGGAUGAUUGUUGCAUAGACAUGCAGAACGUUGCUUGAUUUAGUGCUAAAUCUAGGACACACUACUGGCAGAACUACCCUUAAGCUUCUGAUGGCAUCAGCUUUUUGUUUUUUAUCCGUCAGUACUCUUGCAUGUCUAAAGUGUAAGUUAUGAACUGUUUAGAAAAAAGUCAUCUAAUGUGGAAAGAAGGGGAAAGCAUCAAGAUGCCCCAUAAUUGUUUACCUAAAAAUAAUUUUCAAAGUCCUUGGUAUGAGCAUGACUUAAGAAAUCAUAGCCUCCCUCCCCCUUAUAAUGGUUAUUAAUUACACAUCAUUACAUAAUGGCCAUUAUAUUUAACUUCCAGAUAUUCCAGUUAUGUGAAUACCUUGAACUAAACUAAGCUAUUCAUUAAAUGUAGAGGUUGUCUUUUAUCUGUACUUCAUGUUUUGAUUGUGAUAAUUGAAAACAAUCAUGUUCUUUUUAUAUUUAUAAACGCCAUUAUUCUUUGUAUAGGUGCUGGGAGCAUAUGGCCUUGCAUUUAUGGUGAUUCUUCCAGUUGCAGUGGUAAGAUAUGCAGUUCUUUUUGAAUAAAACUGUAAAAAUAUAAUGCCUAGAUGGUUAGAAUAUUAGUUUACACAGAGGCCAAGAGGCCAAGGGGUAUAAAUUUAUAAGAUAUUUUUUGCAUAAUCAAAGUGUCAGAUGUCCCUUGUAACUUAAAUACUAAUUAAUACAGUCUCUAACAUUAGUUCAUGUACAUGGCUUAAACAUCUUUGUUCUUAUGUUGAUCCUAAACCUUAAAUGCUUUCAUGGUGUUUCUUUGACACAUAAGAUAAAAAAAAAUUGGAUUCCAAAAAUUUUAGGUUUCCUUUUUUCUUUGAAAACAGCCAAACCUCAGGGGGGUGAAAUUUAACAUUAAACUUCCUAUGUUUUUUUAUAAUUUGUUAGAUUAGCUUCGAAAUUUGCACAUGAAUGGAACGGUCAUCUAGAAAUUUUUAGCCGUCUUCAAGUAAAAGAAAAUUCUAGGCAAUAUUUGCUUCUCCCAACAGAUAUUAAUUUUUAUAGAAAAUAGUUGUUGGUUCCCGCAUUGAAAUGUCAAAUUGCAGUAGGUUACUGGUAACUAGAGAGGGAUCCAUAUGUCAGAGGUUAUUGAAAAUGUUUAUUUCACUUUUUCAUGUCAGGGAACCUGGUGGUACAAGUCCAUUCAGUACAGCUGUGAACAGAUUUUAUUAGACACUACUCAACUUUACUACUACUUCUUUCACAAAACUCCAACUAUGCAGACUAAGCGUAAGUACCUUCAGAUUUACUGUUAAUAAUUUUGUGUUAAUUUUGAUGUGGAUCAUUUGAGGACACAGCAAGGCUGUGUACUAGCAGUGCCCUGUUGCCCCUAGGCUCAAUUUCCACCUCUCUCUUAGACAUUUCUGUUGUUCCCAAAGAUACCAGACUGAUACAAUACAUUCAAUCCACAGAUAUCUAAAUGUGGACACCUGGCUCUGUCCCUUUUAAAAUCUGCAACAAAGACAUUUCACUGUUUUGUUUCUCUAUCAUACUGAACCUCAUCAAAUUUUAGGUGUUUUGAUGAUUCUUGCUGGAUCCUUGGAAUUUGAAAAAGGUCACAAUAAUGAAAUCCAAGAGAGACCAAGCGAUAAUAUAGAACUACCAGAGGUAAGUGGGCUGGUACAAGAGUAAAAAUAAUCAAGGUAGAGUACUGUACAACCCCCAAAAUGUCACAGCAUUGUUUGGAGUAGUUUGGAGUGGUUUGCUUUUAUCCAGAGUGAAUAUGUUGUGGUUCAAUUUUAUCCUUGCUUCAAAUUUUAUUUUCUUUUGUUUCAAAGUCAUUAUUGUGUUAUUAUCAUACAUUACCAUACCCAAAAACAAUUUAAGAAAAUAAAAUUUGAACCGGGCAAGGAUAAAAUAAUUGAACUACAUCAUAUAUGUUACAGGCCAAAAUUAAAUUCAGGUUUAAAUUUUUUAAACUAGGUUGUGUUUGCCCAAUUUGUUUAAAAAGAAGGCUGCAAAAGGUGAAAAAUCGUGUUAGGACAUUUUAAAAUUUCUGCAAUCAUUAAGUCAUUACUUUGGUCAGAUCAAACUAAAAGAGGCAGUCAGAAAAAAGGUUAUUGAAUUUUAUCUGCAGAGUGAUAUGAUUAAUAAUGAUUGGGAACAAUGGCUUGACAUAAUAUUGUUAUCUGACCAGUGAUGUGAUUUGUCUGUUUGACUGUUAAGUCAUCACUUUGGUCAGAUCAAACUAAAAAAGGCAGUCAGAAAAAAGGUUACUGAAUUUUAUCUGCAGAGUGAUAUGAUUAAUAAUGAUUAGGAACAAUGGCUUGACAUAAUAUUGUUAUCUGACCAGUGAUGUGAUUUGUCUGUUUGACUGUUGGCCACUGUUACUGGAGUCAUAUAAUAGUCUCUUUGAAACCUUGAUUGUUAUAUCUGACCAUUAUUUUUAAACGCUGUUUUGUCCGUAUUUUUGUGUAUGAUUUUCUAUUUUUUUAUUUUUGUAUGUAUGCAGUUGAUGCGAGAUUUACCUAACCUUGGGGAUAAGAACAAGGAGCCACCACUGUGCUACCCAUACAGUGUCAAGGCAAGAGCUCUUAUCCACGCUCAUCUGUCAAGGCUGGAGCUUCCAAGGCUUACCCUCAAAUCAGGUGAGAAAAGCCCGGGGGUGAGGCGGGGGGGAGACUCCCAUAAGUGAUAGGGAUGCUUGUCAGAAAAUUCAAAUUAAACCCCGAAGGGAGACCAAUGUGGGUGUGGCUCAAGCUUAAACUGACCCCUAAGGGAGAUUUCUGUUUGUUAAGUGUUACAUAUGACAUUUUUUGUAAAUUUCUUUAGGCACGGUACUAACCGAUACCUGAAUGGGCAAAUAUAGUGACUUGUGACCUGUCACACACCAAUGUACACUCCGAAGUGAGAUGACAAAGCAUGGCUGUCACUUUUGUGUGGGAAUUUCCACCCCGGGUAAUGGCUACUCCGGAGGGAAAUAGUUUCCGAUAAUCUUAAUCGCUCAUCCCAAACAAUCGUCAUUAAGGGGACUAUAUCAAGUUAUCUGCUAUCUUUUUAAAAAGUUAAAACUUUUUUCGCAUCAACUGAAUUAAAAAAAUAAUGGUCCAGUUUUGUUGUUAAGACCAUAUUAAGGCAUUGAAAUUGUUUCCUGUCGUCUGUUACAAUGGCAAGGAGGACCACUUUUUGACGCUAAGCCCGAAAAAAACACCAAAACGUUAUUAAGGCUAGUGCUUCCUGAUAAAAUUUGUAUCAGUAUCAUACAUGUAUCUUCUUCAUAAUUCUACAGGAGCAUUUUAUGUGUGGCUAAAGUCACUAAGUAAUGACUUCAGCACAGAAUUGACUUAAAACAGCAAUGGCGUCGUGUUAUAUGCUCUUGCCUCGUGACAUACACUCUUUUUUUAUAUAGAUAAGAAUGUUGUUUUUCCCGCCCAGGCUGAAUAUUCUUAUUUUUCUGCCGAUUUUAGGCUGAAAAUAUUCUUGUAUUAUUCUAGAAUUAAAGCUUAGGACAGAUACUGCUCAUAAGUAUUACAUGUUCCAUUCAUCGAACUGUUAUUAGCAUUGAACAUUUCGCUCUAGUUAGUGCUGUGUUUUUUUUUUCUGUUUUGCUGGCUAGUUUUGCCGUUAGAGAAAGGAAAAAUUUUAUCAAUUAGAUUAAAAACAAACACAAAAUUAUAUUCCUUUCAAAAUCUCAGCCUCGGGUUUAUUCUUAAAAUAUUCUUAAAAUUUCGCAAAUUUCAGCCUCAAUAGUCUUAUAAAAUAUAUAUUCUUAUAGAAAAAAAAAGGAGUGGAGCUCCUUGAGCAGCUUCCUUACAGUCCAGCGUAUAUUGUUAACAGUUAUUAAUACCCAACCUUGUUGCUAGACACUUGGGAUUUUAACUUUUGACAUUUAAUAAUACUUGUCAUUUUAUCCCUGCAGAUCUUGAUCUUAUAUUGUCAAAGAGUCCAUAUUUAAUUCAGGAAAUGGUCAGCUGUGUAGCACAACUUAUAGCUAUGGCUAAAGCAGGGAGAAGUAAGUCUCAGUUUGUAAAUACACGCAAGCAAACCUCAAAACCACAAACUAAUUACCUUUGCUGUUUGCGGUUUAGUUUUCUCAUGCCUUAUUGGCUGUUUCCUCGCAACACAAUAACAUUCCAUAAAUAUUUUUGGUGUUCACGGUUUUGUGAGUUUCACAGUAAGGGACGGACCAUUAGAAAACUUAUGGGGGAGGGGGGGGGAAGUACAAAAAAAAUAUUCGCGCAAGGGAUAAUUAAAUGAAAAAAAUUUAUGCACGCCAAUUCAUCCUAAAAAAUAUUCAUGCUAUGGCCUAAAAAAAAUUCAUACAAGGAAGUUGAUAACGAAAAAAAAUUCCUGUGGCUCGAAAAUUCCCCUCCCCCCCAUAACUUUUUUAAUGGUCCGUCCCUAAAUGUUUAUUUCCAGUGAAGUCUCUAGGAGAAGCGCGGUAGAGACGAAGAAAACAGAUUGUGCCAUGUCUUUUCUUUUGGGCUUGGCAAUACUCUCAUGGUACUUGAUAGACCAUAAAGUUCUAGACCAAUGAGUCGGCGAGAAGUCACUAACCGCCAUAGAGAAAAGAAGUGAUGACGUCACAAAAACUAAAUAUGUGAAAUUAUAGGAUUGAUUGGCAUAGAGAAAGAACAAAAUGGAAAAUUUCUACUUGCCUAAAAUCAGCCUGUUGGUGCAAAUAGGCCAUUUGUGUGAUUUUGCAUCAUUUUACUACUACGACCAGAAUCCUUCAGGGCAUUGCUUUCUUGUGCAAAUUAAGGCUUUUGUUAUUUAAACCUCACUGGGAUUACCAAAUUUAAUUUAAUUUAAUUUUUUUCCCUAUUGGAAAAUUGUUGAUAACUCUUUGUUUGCUUUUGAUUAGCCACGAACACGCCCAGGCUUGAGACCGUUGAAAACUGCAUGCGUGUCAGUCAGAUGAUGGUACAGGGUUUAUGGGAUACCAAGUCACCCUUGUUACAGUUACCGCAUCUUAAUCAGGAAAAUUUACGACACUUUACUACCAAAAAGGUACAUCAUUCUAUUGAUAUUCAUUUUCUUUCUCUCUUGAUGAUUUAUCUGCAUUCCCAUACAGUUGUAGUUUUGUACUUUUUCAAGUUGUUGUAAUUACCGGUACCUUCUGACACCAUACGUAUCAACAGGAGUCUGUUUUUUAAAUCUUGGGAGGUGAGGUCAUUUUUAAAGUUACAGCAAAUACGGGAAAAAAUUCACUCCUACCCUGAUCACUUUGUUAGAUACAGCUGACCCGUGCAUUACAUCGUAAGUCUAUGCACAUAUCACGGCGCAAAUUAACAUGGCGUUCUUUAACGGCUUACAGUACUAAACUUUCAAUAGACCUUGAUCACGCAGCUACCAUUUUUUCAUUAACUAAUAAAACAAAGCAUUUUGCACGUUAUACCUUGCAAUAAAAAACUUGAGAACUAGUUUAGACGCGUAAAAACAAAGCUACGCUUUUACAAAUACCGCGGGUGAAAAUUUUAUGAUAUUGACUCCAGAUCAAUGUUGUCUGUAUGGCUGUAAUUGUAGAAUAAUUUCAAGUUGUUUUUUGUUGCCAACAGAGAAGUGUUCGUUCCAUUCGACAACUGACGUCUAUGAAAGACGAGGAUAGGAGGUGAGUUAAAUCAGCCAUAAGUAAUAAAUUCUUGUUCAUUCGAGUUAGAUCUCAACCCCUAAACUAUAGCAACUGUCGGUCUGUUGAAGUGAUGAGAUUUACUUUAGAUCUAUUUUGCGGAAGUAGUACACUCCUGCCUAGUCUAAUAGAUCUUAAGUAAAUCUCACCACAGGGCUCGUGUGAUUUUACUAUACCAUGAUACCUUGGCCGUUGUGUAGAGGAUACAUGACUGUAAAUGAAUUUUGUCGUUCGGAAAAAUAGAGAGAUUAGGGUGCAUUUUUUCACUAAAAUUCAAAUCCGGAUUUUUAAUCCGUAAAUGGAUAUUUCUUUUCUUUACUAAAAUCCAAAAACGGAUUAUUGAUCCAAAUGAUCCACAACGGAGAUGGAUUCUUCGGAUCAUAUCCAAAACCGGACACUUUGGAUACAUGAUCCGAAGCGUUUCUUUACGACGGAUCCGAAAAGAGUGAAUACAGCAAGCGGUAACUCGAAACAAUUUUAAUACAUUAGGGCCAUUUAUACGAGGAAAUAUAAGACGCGAACUUUCCGUAUAAACGGCACAUUUGGUCUAAAAUAACACGCGGCUUAGCUAAGACGCGUCUUAUUAGAUAAGACAUGCUCGUAUAAAUGGUACAGUUCGCGUCUUAUUUAAGACGCGUCUUAUGUAAGACGCGUCUUAUGUAAGACGCGUCUCAUUUUUCCUCUUAUAAAUGGCCCUAUUGAGCAGCUGUUUGACAACUCUGCUCAUCUUUACGGCCAUUUUUGAACUCGAGUCAUGGAUUAAACGAUCGAUUUUAUCCGUUUUAUCGGGAUAUUAAACUCGCUAUACAAACGGGACCAACAUUGUUCUAGUUUACAACGACAAAUCGAGACAAAACUGCUACACUACUUAGCUGGCGCGUCUUGCAACAUUUAUUUUUACUUUCCCAGUAGAUAUUUUAUUUCAAGACUCAUCUUCAAGCUGUAUCCUUGAGCUAACCGUCCAGAAUAAAAUGAAAGAUCAGUAAAUUUGUGACAUCAUCAGCAGCCGUGUUAUUCUUUCUCCAGGAUACCGUCGAUAUUGUGGGUCGUUUCUAUGGAAAUUAAUGAAAAAUAAUCCUUUUUUGGCUACAGCGUUUUUCUUUUAACGAAAAAUCCUGAUGAUCCACAUUUUCGAUCCGAUCUCGGAUUUUAGUCAAGAAACGCACCCUUAGAAUCACGUUUAUGGCAAAAGUCAAUUUGUACUACGUGACUAAAUUUUCCCUUUACUUGCGGUUUAGUGUUGGUUAUAUCUACACGAAAGUUAGAACUUUAAUGCCAGGUUCAUCACUAAGAAUGAUUUUAGACAGGCUUUGUCUUCCCAUUUUCAAAUGCCAACUUGAAUCUAACGUUUGUCGUUUGCUGUAAACGUUUGCCGCAAAUCGCUCUAGUUAAAUGCUAGCUGUUGCUGUUGUGCAGAAGUAGCCAUUACGUAAAUGUUUCCAAAUCAAUAAUUAUGAAUGUAAGGACCGCUGGCCGCAACAAUUUUUCGUGAGUGAUACAGAGGGGUUAUUAGGAAGCUUACGAAACUUCGGCGAUGGCAACGAGAACGUCAUAAAACAAAUAAACAAUAGAUUUAGUAAGCAAAGCUAAUUUCAUUUAAUCUGAUUUAAUUUAUGAACGUGUAUUUCGCAGAUAUGUAUAUGUAAUAGGACUGAAUGUUCUGCGAGCAGAGGUUUCUCUCAGUCUUGCACGCCUUUGAGCAUUUACAACAACAACAACAACAACAACCUCUAUUUAUUUCACGUACAACAGAGCUGACUCGCAAAGUAGCCGCAACACUAAUCGAGGCGGGUCAGGCAUAGAUAAAAUAUCAAUUUACAUAUUUACAUAAAGUAUAUACUAAAGUUAACGAAGUCGUGCGCGUCGCUUGUCAAGCGCAUUGUGGGUUUUUUUACUCUCUCCGGGCGUAAACAAACCGAAUACGCACGCUACUGGAAUCCACUAGUUUAAUUACAGGGUAUGUGCUUCGUUUUAGAUCUCUGUUAAGGAACCUGACUGGGGAGCAGUAUGAAGAUGUCAUCAAUGUUUGUUCCAUGCUUCCCAUUGUUGAAAUGAAAGUCAAGCCACAUGGUGAGUUUCGAUCAAUUUAGAUUUCUAGGAAACUGCCCACCUACCCCUCCCCUAAGCCAUCAUUUUGCCAUAAGUGAGAAUUAAGAGUUAAUGCUAGCUUAGGUGGUGGUGGUGGGGGUUGGGGGGGGGGGAGGUGGGGUAACCUAAAUUGAUCUGUGAGUUAAUUUAGGGCGCUUUCCAUUUGUCAUAACUGACCGGCCAGACCCUUCCAGUCGUAACGAGAAUUUCACUUUAAAUCAAAACUAUCCAGCCAGAUCAGUCAAAUCCUGAAUAGUAUGCACGAAGAAGGUGGUUUUUCAAGAAAAUCUCUUGAAAAAAGUCGAUUUCAUUUUCAUUUUUUCAAACUGACUAGUCCGGCAAUGGACCGGCCGCCAGUUCUGACAAAUGGAAAGCACCCUUAGACAGUAAUGUAGCCCGUAAAACAGAAAGAUGACCAAAAAAUUGCCUUUUAGUCCCUUAUUACGCUGCCGUUAUUUCGGUCGUGUCGCAACUCUCCUUUCGAAGGGCGCAUUUUCGGACGUAAAAAAGGUUAAGACUUCAGGUCAAAACGUUCUCGUGGACAACUUAUUCCCGUUGAAUUUUCGCGUUUUACGACCAAACAAGGCUGUACCGCUGUAAUCGCCAACAGUAAGGAGUAUGAGAACGUCGUUCGAGGCAGCGUUGUUUUUAUACUUGCCAAAUUUUUCCAAAAAUAUUCGUGAACUUGCUUAGAACGAAGAUUAUUGCAUGAUGGUAGGGUUUUGUCCUUUCUUAAAUGUGCCGUUGUAAGUCUUAGCGUUUAUUUUGUUGUGGUCAUGUGAAUUACAAAAUAUGUAUCUUUGGUUCGAACAAAUGAGUCUCUGUGUGCAAAGGUAUUAUUCAGCAUUGCUGUAGUUACAAAGGUCGCCCCCCUUAAACCCUGUGACAUGAUCGUCUUGACCGAGCUUGAGAAGGAGACAAACUUAAUACCAAGUGACUCACGCGCCCACACCAACUCACGGCUUUGCCGGUACCUAACGCAUGCGCACAUCCAUAUCCACCUUGUAGUGGCAGCCAUGGACAGCUGUUUCUCAUCAGCAUGGCAUAACCGCUGAACCCCUGUAGAGAGCUUCCGAACACGGCUUUGACCAUGCAGGGGUCCGACGGCUAUGCCAUGCCGGUGGGCCUUAAGAAAGGGCGAACUGUCCAGGAUAUCCGAGUGGUAUGGCUGUGCACAUGGGUUGGGUACUAGCCAGGCCGUGGGCUGGUGUAGGUAUGUCACUUGCUUUUGAGUUUUUCGUGAGAAGGAGACGUUCAUCGCACUAAGUGUGCAAGCGAAAAAAUUGAAAUGAGAAAGUUGAGACCACGUAAAUGUGGACUGAGAAAUUAUGAGAAAUUCACAAUUUGUCAGACUACGAUUAGUCCCUCAUUUUCCUCAAGGAUAGCUGAGCGAGCGAAAUUCGUGAGCGCGCCUUGUGAAAAUCGCCGCGCGCGGGGAAAGGCAAGACGCGUGUCACCUUCCUCGACGGUGGCGGCGAUUUUCACGCGUGCUCGCGUAUUUCGCUCCCUGAGCAAUCUCUGUGGAAAAUGAGGAACUACUCGUUGCGUAUCUUUUUAAUGGACAAUUUAAAGAAAGCAAGACGAGAAAGAGCGUAAAAAUACUUUGUUCAGUGCACAUUGUUCUUCACUCUCCUAACACGAGGGUAGAAUUUUUGAUAUUUAUUUGGUGUUUUUUUUUUACAGUCCUUGAUGAUGAAGAUGAAGAAAGUGUUAUUACAGCUGGUUCAAUAGUAACAGUGUCUGUUAUAGUCAAAAGGAGAAACCUAGCAGUGAGUUUGUUACAUACUGUGUAUUGAUCUUGUGCUGUUUAUGCCACUUUCACAUUAACCAUUAUACACCUUGGUGACAACUCGCCUCUCCCCCCUCCCCCUCCAUCCAAAGUUUGGCACGAUAAUUGUGUUUAAUUUCAUAUGGGUAUUACAGCCGUCCCUAGAGAAAUCGAGAGCAAUGCUUAUGCGCAAACUUGGGGGGUAAACUAGUCGUGUCUUAUGGGAAGAGGAGAAAAUGUUGAAUUUAGUCUGUAUCCCCUCAGCGAACCUGUAAACAAUAUGAGCUCGCUCUUAUGGGAAUAUGCUGUUUAUCCAUUGAGUCCUCAGUGGGUUAUGUUUGCAUUCUUGCUGUAACUGGCGUGCUUAAGCUUCACAUAUAGAUACUUUCAAUGAUAUUUCAGUCCGCGUUAGCCUCAGUGUAAGUUUCUCGCGUUAAGGCUUACUUAGGUGAGUUCAAAAUGUUGCUCCAACUUCAUCUUUCAAGUUGAAAGCCUUACUGAAUGAUGUUGGAUUAGUUUUGAAGGAGAUGAAACUUUUAGUCCCGUUCAAACGAGCCUGUUACCAUUAAAAAAUUUGGUGGACGAUGUUCGGCCAACAUGUUAACCUGCGCGGAGCGAGCUCUCCAUUUUGGGGUACAUCGAGAAAAGGCAUGCGUGAGCGGCGGGCAAAACGAGACGCGAAAACCCCCUAUGCACUGUGGGACCCAACAUAGCGGAAGUGGUGAACGAGAGUGGAGAGGGAAAAAGGCCGAGAACUCGACUUUGACGUGAAAAUUCUAGAAAUUUCUUCAAGUUUUUUUAACAUUUAUUUUACGAAUAUUGUAUCUCCAGUUAUAACUACAGCGAGGAUUCAAAGAUUUAAAAGCCCUCUUUGCUUCUUUUUAUCUUAAACAGGAUUUCUUUGAGCAAGAAGCAGCUGACGAAACGAGUAAUGCCCCACUGGUGGAAAGUGGCCAAAAUGAUGCUUUGGAUCCCAAGGUGCGAAUGAUGAUAUUGAUGAAAUAAUAGUAGAAGUGGUAGGAAAAGCAGUGUUAAUGACGUGUUUAUUAUUAUUACCUUCGAAAUGUCGUAACAGUAUGCCAUAAUCUUAAUGCCGUGCAUACAACAAAGCUCUACCCCAGCACAUGAGUCCGUUUAAAGCGUUCACAUUUUGCGUUCCGCAUGACUUUAUGGUUCCGUGGAAAUCCGGGACUUUUAGGAUCGCUUAUUACAUAAACAUUCUUUGAUGGUCCUUGCGGUCUUAGGUCUAGUUAUCUUGGAUCCCUCGUUCAAUAGACCGUUCGCACAUUCAGAGCACACAGUCGAGGGGGUGGGGAAUGACACGAUGCAGUGAUUUGUAAUUCCUCCCUCUUAAGCCUGGAUUUUGUUUCAUGGUAUGUGCUCACUGUCUAAGACGGCCACCUCGCUAGAACGGACACCCUACAGUUGUUCCCUGCAUUUUUUUUCUCUUUAACCACGGCAGGAUUAGCUCAUUCGCUGGAGCGCAGAAGACCCGUAGUUCUGUUUGUAAUUUUGCUUAUUUUUUUAUUUGCAGGGUUCACCUCAACCAGGUGCGCAGAAAGUUUGGCAGAAAAACAAGAAGAAGGGCAAAAAAGCCAAGCCUCAAAAACAACAGCCCAAGAAAAAACCUGUUAAACAACAACCCAAGAAAAAGAACCCACAGAACGAAAAAGAGGUGAGUGGUUUGGACAGCUGGCUUUAAUUUGAAGUCUGUUUUUCAUUGUUUUUCAUUGAUUUGAGGGGGCUAUGACAUGGCGAGCUGCAAUUGUAGCUAAACAUUCUCAGUCAUCGCUUUUCAUACUUGGAACUCUAAGGGCAUGUUUACAUUUCAGCAUGAGUCAGGAGAUUUGCAUGAGUUACUGAAAUCAUAAAAUAUGUCGAAAAGCUACUACUAUUCGCCUGUUUAGUAUUUUCUAGAACCUUAUGUCAAACGGUAUUCAAGUUCCAAGCGAGUUCUUUUGAUGAACUAAUUUUUCUCCCACGAGCUGGAGUGCUGUGUUUAGUCAAGUGUGACGAAGGGUCUGUGUUUACAAGUUGGCGGAAGUCGUAAGAUAUCUGAAGUUCAAGUGAGAGUUUGUUAUUAUUGGCAGAGGCUGUUUAGUUUUACUUAAGUUCAAGUCAAGUUUGUGUUGGUGGAUGCUGUGUUUUAAAGCUCUGUAAAGACUAUGUUCCUUUGGUAUUAAAAUUCCUUGUGUUAAUCCGACAUCCCUGCGAGCUGAUAGUCAGUGAAUAAUUAUCCUCAAAACAUUCGAACUCGUAACAUUGAGUUUUAGGUAAUUCUGUGCUCAACGUAAUCGACUCCUUACCCAUGCCGUACAUAUCUUUAAUCAGUACAUGAGACUGCUAUUCUAUUUUUGAAGCCUGAUGUGACUAAGAAAAAUAGAGAAUUCGUUUUUCACGGUCUGUUUUGUUAGACGUUUUAUUCACCGCCAGUAACCUCAUAUGUGACUUAAAUCUAAACGUUUAUACCCAAGUCAAAUUUGGAAGGAUUUGUAUGGAGUCAUCAGAGCAUAACUGGGCUGAUAUCACUGAGACAAUUUGUCCCGGAAUGCUAGUUUUUGGCAAGUAGGCCUAUUGGAUGUUGCUCUUUUCAGAAUAUCCUGACAAAUCCCAUAUUUCAAAAAUUAACACCUUAAUCUUACCAUAUUUCAUUUCUUACUAUUCCUCCGCAUUUACAAUUAAUCAGUUCCACAACCACGACGCCGAAGUGUACGCUCCGUAGCGUCUUGUCUUUUUUUAUUCUCUUCCAAUAAAACUCAUAAACUCAUUCUCGUAAGAAAGGUUUUGCACUUAGCCUCGUCUUGAAAGUUAGAGUUUUUGGAACUCGGAAAUGGACUAUUCAUGUUUUCAAAUUUUUUUUUUCCCCAGAAAACCGCCGAAGAGAAGGAAGAAUCAAGUGGAAAGAAAAACAAAAACAAAACGGACAAAAGAAAAACGCAACAAGGGGAUGAUGAGGACAAAGAGGCAGAAGAUUAUGAAGAUGGUGAGGCGGAGAAGGAAGCGCCAGAGACUGAAGAAGAUGAAGAAGAGGAUGAAACAGAUGACAAAAUAGAAGAAAUCAAAAAACCAAAAAGAAAGGCAGCUGAAGAGGACGAGUCAGAUUUGGAUAGCAGUAGGUGUGUCAAGUCAUCUAUUUUAAUCAAAAGCACUUUCCGGUCGUGUCUAUAGAAUCGAUUAGCGCCAAAGUUCUACAAGCCAUUUUAGCUUGACAAACAUUCUACUUUGUUUGGACUUUCACCGUAGAGAGCAGAGUAGUCCAGGUUGUAUUAGACAAUAAACAUUGAUUACCAUCAUCUGUUUCCUCUCUCGGUCUGCGAGAGGUCCGGGGCGAAUGUCAACGGGGACUGGUACUAGGCCCCUCGCUCUUAACGAACAAUAGGACAAUUGUACGAUGACGUCAUUUUACCACAAGUACGAUACCAGAAUCCUUCAGUUUGAUGUUUUCGUGUGCAAAUCAGGGCUCUUGCUGUUUAAACCUCAGCGGCAUUGACAAAUUUGAAAAAAGCAGUUAAUUCUCAAUCUGGUAGUUGUAGUCAAAUGUCGUCAUCGUGAAAAUGGCCAAUGCAAUCUGGUACUGCAUGUCUUCAAAUAUGACACACUUGAUGGCCCACUUGAAAAGCGAGUUGCUGUGAUGAAAUACUGUAUACAGCUAUUUCGAGAAAGGUUGUCGGGAAAAGUGCACGCGACAAUCCUGAAAGGCAUUGUGGGUGGUUUUGAGUUCUCUUUUUUUCAAAGAAAUUUGAAAGAAUUGGCACGAAAGGCCAUGGAAAUGUGUUUGCGAGUGCUAAAGGAAAGCAACAAAAGUAGGUUCGAUAGCUACAGUCGUCAGGAACAGUGUAUUGAUCAUCUCCCAUAUUACCUUUCGGGAUUGUCGAGUGCACAUUUUUUCCGACAACCUUACUCGAAAUAGCUGUAACUGAUGACAACUAGACCGACAAAGUGAGUUGUUUGGAUUAAAAAUUUUUGACUGGAACUAACUCGUGCAAUUCUAAGUUUCUCUAGUCGUCGGAGUGAACGUAAACCAAAUCUCUUUCUGUUGUCUCUAUAGCCUUGGCGAAGACGAAGACAGUGAUGCUCCAUUAGAUGCUAGUACUCGGGAUUCCGAAGAUGAAGCCGAGUGGGACCGAUUACAAGCCGACGUUAAAAGUCGGGAUGCUGUCCUAGAUCCCAAAUCUAAAGAAAGUCAUAUUGUCCAUGCGCCGUAUUUCCCAGAGGUAACGACAAACUUUUAAACAUUUCUUUUUCAUUAGGUGCAUGUCGAUAAACUUUCUUGGAAUUCUGUCAUUUGUAAACGUAAGUCUGAUCACCUUCUUUUGGCUUAAGGUGGAGAUCUCAACUCUCACGUUUACGCAUGGCCUUUCAUAUAUUGCCUCUAUUUAAUUUACGCGCGUAAAUUUUACGUCCGUCCGCACGGAAAAAUUACGUGACAGUGGAAAUCAACCCUUAAGCUUCCUUGUCUGGCUAUAGAGAGGAGACGUUGCUACGCCACGUUGCCAUGGUAGCAAAGUUUCUGGAUCUCAACAAUCCGUGGUCCUGCAAAUAUGGCGGACAAAAAAAAACGAAAAAAUUGAGAUUCAUGACUUUCUUUUGCAUGAUUGCACAACAAAGCAGUAGUCCAUGUUUUUCUUGCAUCGUGCGACAAUGCAAAUAACCGUCUCUGUCAAGAAAGAUUGUUGAGAUCCGAAAAUUUCGCUACCAUAAUAACAUGACAUCGUGCUUCUCCUCUCAAUUCGGUAGUAUGAGAGCCAUUUCGCAGUACUUACUGCACUUAGGCUGCAAUUAGUCACAAGAGAUUUUUCGCAUUCGUGACGAAACCGGAACAUUUUAGUACCUGAUUCGUUGUUUUCGUUUUUUUUAGCGUAGGCUCUUGAAUCCGAAAUAAGAAUGUCCUUGUCUGGUCCCGUUGCGUGUCCAGAGACUUUUAAUACGGAAUCUGAUGAAGUGGGCACUUUGCGUCCGAAUGAAAGUUCUUGGGUUUGAGCAAACUUUUGCGACCCCCGAAAAAUCCGGGAACAUUAAAGAAUCCGGGAAAUCUUCCUUUAAGCCUUAGUCGUCUUAGGUGAUGGUAAGCAGGUUAGUACGAAAGAAUUCUUAUUUCUUGUUCAGAUUAUUAAUCUUUUUUAUUGUUCGUUUUUCUACAGGAGAAGCAAGAAUGGUGGUGGAUUUACGUAACCGACCGCAGGAAAACAGAGCUUAUAACUCCGCCUCAACAAAUUUUUAACCUUAAAGACGAAGAAAAGGUAAAGUUUUUGUUUGAUAUUCUUGUCCGGUCAAAACCGUGACUUGCUUAAUUUCUGUUCAAUUUUUGAAAGGCCUUGAUAGACCGACCCUACAUUCCUUUGAACAAAGGCACCAACUCGAGGCUUGCUGACAAUUUUGACCGCUGGGACUCUAGCAACCAGCCACUGAGGGCCUAAAUAGAGGGUGGCCGCUUAAUAGAAUUAUUUCCUCACCCUGUAAUGUUUGAAUUAUAUUGUCUGCUUUCAUUAAAGGUUGAUCUGAAGUUUCAAGCUCCCUACAAAGCUAAAACUUAUCAUUACACCGUGACGUUACGAUCAGAUUCCUAUCUGGACCUGGACGUUCAUCAAAAUUUUAACGUAAGUAAAGCACCAAAGAGCGCGUAAAGAGGCAGUGAUAUUUUGAUUAUACCCGAAACUCUCAAAUGUGAAUAGAAGGCUUGGACGCCUGGCAAUGCCAUUGUGUAAAGUAUUCUGUACACUUCCGGUUUCAUCUUGUGACUAUACUUCCGGUAACUCAAGUGGAUUCGAGUUUCAUUUUUCGACUAGACUCCGUUGGACUCCAGGUUUUGUCCACCGGAAUCUAGUCGAGAGUAUUGGUCAUGAGUGGAAGAAAAUUAAUAAGCCUCCCCUCUCCAUUAAGCCCCCCUAUCAGGGGAAGGAAAUUAAUAAGCCCCUCAAAUAAGCCCCCUCCCUCUAGGGUAGCAUCAUGUCUUGGUCAUUUCGCUACUGAACCAGUUCUACGCGUUCAGGUUGUGGACUGCGGCGUGAAGUCAUAGAUGGGGAAAAUAUAAUGCCAACCGCCAACCCCCCCCCCCCCCCCCCCCAUCCCCCACCUCCCCUUAAUGUCGCUGCUUUUCCUGCUUAUAUCUCUUUGCACCGUCCCCACAAUUUGAACGCUUGGAACAGGCUGUAUGUAUGAUUUUAGGUAACGCAAGACUACCAUAAUUUGUUUGUUACAGAUUGACGUUGAAGAAGCAAAAGAAGUCGAAACCAAGCAAUGGGACUUUGAUUCAGAUGAAGAGGACAAAGAUGGCUUAGAUGAGAGUGGAGAAAGCGAGGAAGAAGAAUACAGCGACUAAUAAAGAUAUUGAUGUUUCUUCCUCUCUAUGAUCCAGUCCUUCAGGUGACGAUGGCUAAGAUAGAAUUGAAGAAAGCGAAAAGGAAGAGUGUAAUGACUAAAGAAAUUAUUGUGGACCGUUUUCCAUUCUGACCGUCUUCCUCGUUAGACUUCCACCCUUCCUAUCUUUCUUUGCGGCAAAAAGAUGACACGUACAAACGGAGAAACAGAACUCGCAGUCAGGCGAGUAAAAAGUUAUCUUGUUUCUUCCGCUGUUUUACUUGUUCUUGUCUGCUAUAAGCGUUUCUCGAAAUCCGCUUCUUGCUUUUUAAAGGUGAUCUUUUGAGAAGAUGGUAUAAUCGUGAAUUGAAGUAAAGCUUCUAAAAUGAUAUUUCGUCUCCCCCUAUCAGUCUUAGAAGCGAUAUACGUGUUACUUGAAAGGUGAAAGUAUGCUUUUAGCCGUCAGUGAUCCUGAUGUUCGUUAAAAUAAAAAGAGAAGACAUCAAUUAACCUUUUAAGUCCCAAGAUUGAACAUCAUCGCUUUUCUCCUAACAUCGUCGAGCACAUCAUCAAGGAAAAAAGUUUUGAGAAUUAAUAAAAUGAUCACCAAAGGAAAAAUGUUUUGAUCUCUUAUCGAAUUCCCUGAACCAUUUCUAAAAGGAAGUGUAUGGAGAUCAGUUUGGAGAAUUUAUUUAGAGACUGAAUUUAAGGACGUUAAGUUAAGAGUGGAACAUACCCGCGGUAGUUUUGUUUUGGCUGUGACAUGUUUUCAAUAAGCCAUAUCAGCCACUGGAUCCGGUUCUUUCAAGUGCGAUUUCGCUGAGACAGGAUUAGUUUCAAUUUUUAAUGAAUCGUUUAUCGUUUAUUAAGAUUUCUCGUCUUAAUGUACAUUAAAGGGGUUAUGCCACGUGCAUGUUGCUGUUUUAGGUCAGUUCUAUGCUGAAGUCAUUAUGCCUUCACCCAUAAACAAACUGCUCCUGUAGAGGUGUGAAGAAGAUAGCAAAUAAAUUCUUCAGGGCUUACUAACCAUAAUUAUAGUUUUGGUGAUUUUUGAAGGCAUAGCAUUAAAACUUGAAAAAGUUGCCCAACUUUUUCUCGUUUCAAUCCAUGUGUAUCCCUGCCAUCCUUAGCAACAAACGACAGGAAACAGUUUCAAUGUCUAAAUAUAGCAUUAAAUAACAAAUCUGGGCUAUUAUUUUUUUGAAUCCAAUUGAUGCUAAGACAAGUUUUAGCUUUUAAAGAAAAAACAAAUGGCUUGACGUAGCGCCUAGUUUUAGGCGGCUUUCACAUGGUGUUUAGAUAUAUGAGCUUAGUUCCUGUUUACAUGGGGGUGGGGGACCCCAGGUAGGUGAGGUAACCCGUUUAGGUGGGGUAACCCGCCUGUCGAUAUAAACCCUCAUUUUAAUUUGAUCACGGUCAUAUGUUAGGUGGGGUAACCCGCCACAUCUUACCUCACCUACCUGGGGUCCCCCACCUUCAUGUAAACAGGCCCUUACAGUCAUGAGAGACAGUAUCGAUGGCUGCGAUCCAGAACUGGAAUUAGCGACAUCUCUUUGGAUUUAAACAGCUCUCAUCAAGAUGUCGUUUCCGUUGGGAAUACGACUGGGCCUGCAGGAGCGAGCUUCACACCAGUGUACAACCAUUUGACUUUGAACCAAAGCUGGAACGAAGUUAGCCAAUUACCAUAGAUCAAAAUGUAAGAAGAGUUGAUCCGCAAAGGGUUACCACUAAUGCUCGUUUGAAUCUUAUUACACGUUCCUAGCUCUGCGACAGAACCGCUCCUAGCACCCGGCUAAGGGAGGAAAUUUGUUAAAUGUUAACCCUCCACCCCCACCUUCCCCCCGCUUGGGCCUUGGGCUACCUUGUUUUUUGAAUUGUGCGCCAGGGCAUUCAUGUGAAACUUUGGCCAAAGGGUGGGACGGGCGGCUCAUUUAAGGGACGUGUUUUUCAGAGAGGGCGGGCGCUUGUUCAAGAAUAUGAGGUAGUUAAUGUACUACAUACGGCUAAAAUGUACCCUAAAGUAAUAACGUAUAAUCACUAAUUACAGUUAUUUCGUCUGUUACCGUAUUCUCUAGUGUGGCAGUAUUUAUUCGCAAGUGAAUAAUCCAGUUAAGAGUGAAUUUUUAUUUUUUCCAUUGUGUUUCAUUAGUGCCUUUCGAGACUUAAGUUCGGUUGACAUGAUACGAUUAGCCUGCGAGCAAGCUCUCCUAUUUGGGCAAGCGAAGCGAGCCUCGCGAGAACUCGCCUGCCCUCCCCCUCUCAGCUUCGCCGC